UUAAUCAAUAAUGGUGUUUCCACACAUGAACAAAGAUCCUGAAAAUUACUUUGGGCAGCCGUGGAUCAGUGAUAGGCCUAGAUGUCGACCCUGUCUGCUGCCAGCGUGGAGUCUCUGCCCGAGAACACUGAGCAGAAGAAGUCACUGAAGCCAUGCUGUGCCUGCCCAGAGACAAAGAAAGUCAGGGAUGCUUGCAUCAUUGAGAAGGGAGAGGAGAACUGUGCAGUCCUGACAGAGGCACAUAAAGACUGCAUGAGGGAGCUUGGAUUCAAGAUUUAACUACUCCACUUUGUGUGUUUCUGUAUUUCUUUGAAAGUGGAAGAUGACCCUGGAUCUUUUCCCCUUUUUUCCCAGAUUAUUUAUACUGUAAGUGAAAUGUGAAGAUGAAGUCGCUGCUGUUUUUUUUUUUUUUUAAAUCUGCAGAAUAUGAGAAAUGUGUAAAUUGCUGUGUGAAACUUAAUAAAAGUCCUAUAUGCAAUAAAAAAAAGAAGUAACUUCUUUACUUUGAG